AUGGGUGUGAGUUUAGAUUUUAUAGGCAGGGGUGUUUCGAGACUGCACAGUUCUACCUUCCGCCGCAUCCUCGGGGUGAGCCAGAGGUGCUACGGUUCAACCAGUCGGACCUUGUUCGCUAGUGGACCCUUUAAUCAUAACAAUUUCUGCAUAAAACCUUCUAGGCCGUUUAUGCGAAGCGCUUUCAUGGGCAAAUGUGAAGCAAAUUGUAGUAGGAAGAUAUAUAUUGAGAAUAAUGUUGUCAAAGAAGGAGUUCCCCUGUACACCUUCUUCACUUUGCGAGUGUGUUUAACAUUCAGGAUCAGAAAGGACGAAAUAACUGGAGAACCGGUUCUGGUGCUCUCGGGGAUGACGAGAGAUACCGAUGGCACCGGGGUAUUCGACAAGUUCUCUCGCACAGUCUCGAUACUCACGAUUGAUAACUUAAAGGCGAUCCAUGAUACUCUGAAUAGCCAACAGGAUGCAUUGGUGACAAUGGAAGGUACCGAUAAUAGCGAAGUAGUUGUAUCAAAAACUGCCGAAUCGUUUUCUAUACAACUUACUCGUGACCCCCUGAAAACCUUGGAGUCAUCCGCCAUGGUACUACAAGCCUCAAAGAAUAAGCCAAACAUAAACUUUUCUGGGCCAUCAGAUGAAGCUAUUAUCCUUGUACAUUCUAUCAAAAAGAUUCUAGAUCACUUAUCGCAACAUACAGUUUAA